GUAUCGUAAAUAUCAACGCCGCCAUUCAGUGUACGUUUGCAUGUCACAUGCUUAGACAGGCAUCAGGGCGUGCUCUCUAAUUUGGCAAGGUGCAUUCAGAUCCAUGCACCCUCUAUACAAGAAGGAUCGUCUUGCUGACUGACUUAAUUGUGGUCUGCAUUGGAGCUUGGAAAUAUCAAGUCUGUUCUUCUGCUUCGCACAUCCCGGGAGCUUGAGUGUCUCCCCCGAACACUGGACACAGACUUCUGGGAAGUCACGGUCACCAGACAAUUAUUUUAACGUGCACUGGACUAGGAGAUCACUACCAGCAUGGAUAUUCCGAUGUCUGGUCAACGCUACAAGCGUACAAACUUUGAUGACGACGACACGAUAUCCAAUGGGGGCACACCGCCUGCUGUUGACUUUCAUCCUGGGAUCGUGUUCAAGGGGGGGUUGACUCUGUGGCAGAGAAAGACCACCUUAGAGAAGGUUCUCAUCAUUCUUCUCAUCAUCCUCGCCAUCUCUCUCAUCGUCAUUGCCGCCAUCUUGGCCGUCAGGGAGUCACAACUUCAGGACCUGAGGAAAGGAACGGAUUACUGCAUGACUCCCGAGUGUGUGACAGUAGCCAGCUCAAUCAUCACCACCAUGGACCGCAGUGCCGACCCUUGCCAGGACUUCUUCCAGUAUGCCUGUGGGGGUUGGAUCAAGUCCCACCCUAUCCCAUCAGGCCACAGCAGGUGGGGCACGUUCAGUGUGCUGUGGCAGGAGAACCAACUGGUCAUGAAGAACGUCCUCGAGAAGGUGUCAGUGAAGACACGCAGUGUUGCGGAGAGGAAGGCCCAGGCGUACUUUGAGUCAUGUAUGGACAAAAACAAGACGGUGGAGACGUUGGGAGCCCAGCCCCUGCUGGACAUCAUGCGAGGCCUUGGGGGGUGGGGCAUCUCCAAUAAGUCUGGAACGUGGCAACAGAACACCUGGAACCUGCAGACAGCCGUGGAGAAGGUGCACAUGAUCGAUGUCAGUCCCCUGUUCAACAUGUGGGUCGGGGGAAACGAUCGCAACUCCUCUAGGAAUAUACUCUUGGUUGAUCAGAGCGGUCUUGGCCUACCUGAGAGGGACUACUAUCUCAAUAAAUCCAUUACUGACGACAAGGUAUUGUCAGCGUACCUGGAGUACAUGACGACGCUGGGGAUGCUGCUUGGAGCUGAGGAUCGCAACGCUACCAGGGAUGACAUGUUGAAAGUUAUAGAGUUUGAAACAAAAAUUGCUGAGAUCACUAUCCCGGCAAAGGACAGACGCGAUGAGGAGAAAAACUACCACAAGAUGCGGAUAGUGGACAUGCAGAAACAGUUCCCCUUUCUGAACUGGCUCCACUACUUCAACUCCAUGAUGAGUGUCGUCAACAUCACCCUCAAGUCCUCCGAGGAAGUUGUCGUCUAUGCCCCCAAGUUCUUGAAGAACCUCAAGGCCAUCCUCAGUAAUGCCAAGUCCUCUGAUGAUGGCAAAAACACAUUAAACAACUACCUGAUGUGGCAUGUAGUCAAAUCUCUGGCGCCGUAUCUGUCCAAGCCGUUCCGAGAAGCCAAGAAGACAUUCACGCAGGUCAUGACAGGUGUGACAGGUAAUGAGGAGAUGUGGCGUUAUCAGCUCUGGCUCAAUGUUUGUGAAGGAGGGGCUAGCAAAGUAAAGGCUGAGAAGAUGAUUGACGAGGUUAAGAUGGCUUUCAAGACAAACUUGCCGCAUUUGCACUGGAUGGAUGAUCAGACCCGCAAGGCAGCUGUGGAAAAGGCAAAUGCAGUUGUGGAUAUGAUUGGCUUCCCGGAGUACAUCCUGAAUGUCACCCGUUUAGAUAAGCAAUACCAGAGGUUACAAAUCAACAAGUCAGAGUAUUUUAUGAACAACUUCAGGAAUCUUCGAUUUGCUCUUGUGAAGAACUUAGAAAAACUGAGGAAACCUCCCAAGAAAAAUGCCUGGGGAAUGACGCCGCCCACAGUCAACGCCUAUUACACACCCACCAAGAAUGAGAUUGUCUUCCCUGCAGGAAUUCUCCAAGCACCAUUUUAUGAUCAAAAUUUUCCCAAGUCACUAAACUUUGGUGCUAUGGGUGUGGUGAUGGGGCACGAACUCACUCACGGUUUUGAUGAUCAAGGCCGGGGAGUACGACAAGUUUGGUAUCUUCGUCCCUGGUGGAAUAACCAGUCAAUUGAGAAAUUUAAGCAGCGUACACAGUGUAUGGUGAAACAAUACUCACAGUACAAGAUCAACGGAGAGGCAGUCCGAGGUGAACAGACGUUGGGAGAAAAUAUAGCAGACAAUGGUGGAUUAAAGUCAGCAUAUUAUGCGUACCAGGACUGGGUGUCUAAGAAGGGGGAGGAGAUGGUCCUUCCAGCGGUCGGACUCUCUCACAGGCAGCUCUUCUUCAUGGGAUUUGCUCAGGUGUGGUGCUCCAGUAGUACAAAGGAGGCUGACCACCUGCAGAUCGUUAGUGACCCACACAGUCCAGCCAAAUACAGGGUAAUUGGGACACUGUCAAACUCAAAAGAAUUUGCACGUGAAUACAAUUGUCCAGUCGGCUCUCCUAUGAACCCAAAGGAAAAGUGUGUUGUUUGGUGAGGCGUGAUACAAUGUGAGGGAAAGUAGUCCCUCAUUACGAACUGUGAUAUGACCAGCGGUCACUAUCAGCCAGACGGGAGCGCGCUCUCUAGUGACCAGCGGUCACUUUGAGCCAGACAGGAGAGCGCCCUCUAGUGACCAGCAACUAUCCACCACCUACUGUUUGUUUGAAGAUGUAUAUUUUUAAACUUAUCUAUCUUACACGAAAGCGAAAAAGAAUAACGCAAGAUAUGAUAAGUAUUAUGAAUAUACAAUUUAUACAAAGAUUUUAAAUUUUUUAAGUUAUCCUAUCUCUAGUUUUCUCUUUCACUUUUGUGUGGGACAGGAUUAGUAUUAUAUAUAUAUACAAUUUAUUGUUGAAAUUUUCAAUUCUGAAUCUCAUGGACCACUUUUGAGAGAAUUUAAAAGAGACAACUCUUAAAGUGAAUCAUGAGAAAGAGAUUUCCAAGUCAAUCAUGAUCAUGAGAUUAACUAUUGAAUUAUGAUAAAGGUAUUACCUACUGAAUUGCGAAUACGAGUUUAACUUUUGAAUUAUCAUGAUGAGACUACUGAAUCAUCAUGAUGAGUCUUAAGUGUUGAAUUUUCAUGAGAUUAAUUAUUGAAUCAUGAACAGAAUAAUGUUUGAAUCAUCCUCAAAUGUUUAACUAUUCACUUAUGGUCAUGAUAUAUAUAUAUUAAACUGAAUCAUCAUGAAUAGAAUCAAUAUUUAAUCAUAAUGAGUUUAUAUAUAUUGAAUCAUGAUUAAUAUCAUUACCAUUGAAUCAUAAUGAAUGGAUUAACUACACUGAUCACAGAAUUAUUCUCUAUUUAAUCAUGAAUGAUAUCAUUUGUUUUCAUAGGGCACUGAUUUCAGUAGAGUAGUGGUUAUAGAAGAGUAGCUUAAUGCUCAUGGAUCUGUAUGUUCACAUGAAGGUACUUGUGAUGUUUCUUGUUUUUAGAGAACAGGUGGUCAGAUUGUGUAAGAGUUGCUUCCCUUGAAGUCAUCAUGUGUUUGACUCCUAGUCACCUGAUAAGAUCCUCAGUCUUCAGCCCCAAUUCUGUGUUAACAGGUUUCACCCAGACUUUGCCCUGCUGUAGAGCUCAGCUGAGUGACACAUGGUAUUAUGUCGAACUCUCUCACUGACUUGGCCCUCAGACCUCUGGUUUUUAUGUCCCAAAUUGGGAAAUCUUUUACAUUUUACUGGGCUUUGAAUUAUUUUAUUUCAUGUGGAGUCUGCCAUGGAUAUUUCUCUUUUAAUACUGAUAAAGGAAGGUAUGUCUCGGAUAUAUUUCAGUUUGUCUCUCAAGGCAUGUCUCAAGGUGUGUCCUAUAUUUCAAUGUGUCGCUGAAGGUGUGUCUCAUGGUAUAUCACACCCUAUUCUCAAGUAGUGUCUUGAGGUAUUUCUCAAUCAGAAGGUGUGUCAAAGUAUGUCUCAACACGGGUCACUCUCAGUACAUCCGUUAAUCUUUUGACUGGCGUCAUUCUCAUCAUGAGAUACGAAAAUCAUCCCAUGAUUGUUAUUGUGUAUGGUCGACCUACGAUAUAUAUAUACCGUAUUUCUUCUAAUAAGCGCCCCUGGGGCUUAUUUUUUACAACAGACCUCCAGACCCGGUGCUUAUUAGAGGCCAGGGGUUAUUAAAAUACCCUUUAUUUUUAAAAGCAGGGAUGAGUACAAAGCCUUCAUUCUGUCCAUCUGUCCUUCGGUCCCAUCACUUUGUCUCAAUCUGUCAGUCAGUCUAUGCCCGGCGCUUAUUAGAGACCCAGCGCUUAUUAGAGGCCCGGCACUUAUUUCUUAAAGCACUGCUUUAUCCCCGGCGGUCAUUAGAGACCCGGCUCUUAAUAGAGGAAAUACGGUAGUUGAUCAGACUUCAGGUGAACCUUGUACAGAUGUUAUUUAUACUGGUGUAUAAUGUUUUACAAUAAUCCCCUGGAAGGGAUAUUCCUAUGAGUAUUCAAACAUUGUUUAAGAUAUACAAAAGACAAAUGCUCAUAGCAGUGGAAUUUGAAAGAUUUCCUUGCUCCUUUGUUGCAAUUUUCUGUAAUUUGAUGACAAAUUAUCGGAACUAUUCUUAUUU